UUUACGUUUAAAUUUCCCUUUGGGGAUAAAAAUAAAGUCUACAGUCAUAUUCCCUCUAAAGCUUUUUAUCCUGGAAAUCAGCAGGCAUGCUGAACUGAUUUGCAUGGCUUUUUUCCACGAAGGCAACGCCUACUCGCAGUAUUAUAUGUUGAGAGGAUGAGAGAUGUAUUCAGCUUCUUUUGGACAAUAAUACCUGAACAUCUAUCAUGGCCCUCAACGCUUCUUUAAACUUGACUAACUGCACACAUGGAAACACAGUGGAGCGGUACAUGUACCCGCCGGUUUACUCGCUGUUCUUCAUCGUUGGAUUUCCAGCAAACUGUUUGUCCCUGUACGUGGCCUGGAUUCUGAUGAAGAGGGGAAAUAAUUUGGCGGUUUAUCUGAUUAAUUUGUCUGUGGGAGACCUGCUGUAUAUCCUAACUCUACCCGUUUGGAUCAUGAUGGCACUGGAGCAGGAGGUGAACGACAGUCUGUGCAGCAUUAUAGCGGUGGUCAUGUUCAACAGCUUCUACGUGGGCUCAGGGUUUCUGUGCUGCAUCUCUAUGGAUCGAUAUUUAGCCAUAGUGUUUCCGCUGCAUUUCAUACGGGUUCGAGAGAUCAGAACCGCCGUGCUGGUGAGCGCCAUCGUAUGGCUGGUGGAGAUUGCGAUUCAUCUCGGUCUUCUGGCCUACACGGAUGACAUCAGGAACUUUUCAGCCCAUCGAAUGUGCAAGGAGCCGAAUAUCAUGUCCAGCGCCAGCGCCAUCGUGGCCAUCACACGCGCCGUCCUGGGAUUUCUCGUUCCUGCGCUCAUUAUGACCUUCUGCUUCAUGGAGAUCAUCAGGUCGCUGAAGAAAAGCACAUCCACUGUGGUCAGCGAACGGAGAAAGAUUUGCUUUCUACUCCUGUCUCUUCUGUUCACCUACUUAGUGGCUUUUACCCCAUUUCAGGUGGUGAUGUUCAUCAGAGGACUGCUGGAGCCCGGAGACUGCAGCGCUGCGCAGAAUCUGAGAGAUGUUUACAUGGUGUUUGUGGCCACCACGACAAUAAACAGCGUUUUAGACCCCAUCAUUUAUUGUCUCAUAAGUGACAGUGCCAAAACUGAAAUGAAAAAGCUCUUUAAGUGCUGUGGGGAACAUUUCAGCAAGAUUUAUUCAUCUGUGGUGAAACCAGGAGUUUAAAAUAACACUGGAAGACUGCAAAUAAUGUUCCCAUAACGUCAUAUGACAUAGGGUCUUGUUCCCUUAUUCAGGGAACCAGGGUUACACAAGUACUAAUUACACAAGACACUAAUUUGAUAUUUUUGGUAUUUAUUUUCGAUUUUUGCAAAUCUAAUGCAAUGCAAUACAAUGAUGUUUGAAAGAACACAUUUGAACAUGAUUUUUCUGAAAAAUUAUGUAUGAAUAAAGUAAACCGAAGUUGCUUCAGUCCAGUAAAUGUUCAUCUUGAAAUAUUACUAACAAUAUAAAAGUUAUUCUUACAUUUACUUGAUAAAACUCAUUAAAGAUUUCACAGGAAAUAGAUAUGUGAAGCACGAGCUGAAAAAAGUACAAAUCAGAUGAUAGAAGGACUGCAGGAGACUGUGUGCAACAGCAAAGCUUUGAUCAUGUUGAUCAUUUAGAGGCCUUAGAAAUGUGUGUAUUAAAGAUAAUAAAGUAGGCUUUAUCAGGUUAAAAACCUAAAGGCUUCUGCUUAUAUUGUUCAUGGACAAACAUAAAUCGUGCAUACAUGUGAACUAUUAAGAUGUGGAAAACAGCCAUAAUAAGAACGAGCUCAAACUCUUGAGUGCUAGUGCAUUUCUGUGCAUUU